UAAUUUGAGCAGCGGCCGUCUUCCAUUCAGUUGUUACCUGGCGGUGGUACUGGAAGGACGUGUCCGAAUCCAAAGCUCUUCAAGGCUUGUUUUUUUUCUUCUGUGGUGGAAGAGCAGAGGUGUUUGAUCACCUGUUUGGUUGCUGGAGUUGCUUCAGCAGAUUCUCCUCUUUGUGUGCGAGAGCUGACCUAGGUCCUGCAGGUGCAAAGUUUUUUUUUGGCUUAAGAUCAGGUUGAACUUGAUGAAAUUGCUGUAGCCGAUUUACGACCCCCCCGGAGGGCACUUAUCGCGCAAAAUCGCGUUCCGAAGAGCGAAUCGCAGCUCAGUUCGCAGCACUGAAGUGAUGAUCUAAAAAAAGAAUUUCAGUGUUAGUGAGUCGUUUUUUUUAUUGUAAAACAAUUUCAACAAAAGAAUACUACCGAAAAACCGAACCGCGAACGAAGAUCAGAUCCGAUCCGAUCCGGCUUAGUCUUGCCGGGGAGAGAGAGAAACUUGUCCGGAGAAAUUGCUGGUGCUAAUUAAAGUGCUAAAAUUGCCGAUUUCGAGUUUUGACCAUUUCGACCGGGGUUCGUCGUUUUCUCCACACAAGUCUCUCCCGUUCAGGAGGAAGGCGUAGCAAGCAAGCAAAAAAAAAAAGGAAAAGGUUCCCAGUGCAACGCAGCUGUGUGUGUGUUUGUGUGCGUGUGUACGUGUGACUACAAUCAGAAUCGCGAGACCAAGCAAGAUGGAAUACCGGUGGAUCUACUCGGCGGUCCAGAUGUUCGCACUCCUCCUCACCUUCACACAGAUCGCCCGAGCGGCACAAUCCCUGUGGCCAAACCUGCCCUCGUCGGUGGAACAGCACCAGACGCUGCUGGAAAAGUGCUCCUCGAGUGGGAACCUCAAGUACAUCUCCGGAAAUGCCCUCACCGACAGUCCCAACUGCCUCGGACCGAACAACGCGCCCUACCCGAGUGCGGCCGUGUCGCGAACCUUCUCCAGCUGGAACCCGAGCGGAUCGUCCCGGCGGGGUCGCAUGAGCGCUCCUCCCACGCUGGACCCCAAACUGAUGCAGCGAACUCUGCUGCAGGCGUACGGCGAUGUCAACGAGAACGAAAUGGUCGAGGAUGUGCGAACCCGAUACAGUCGCUCGGUGGACAGCCAGCAGCAGUGCCGCGAUACGCCCUCGCGGCUGUGCAAAACCCGCUACAACACGACGGCCCCGAUGUACGGCGUCAGUCUCACUUCCGGCCAGCCCGUCACGAUCGUGCAGAAAUUCCCGGACCUCCUGCAGCAGGUCGUCUUCGAAGUGUGCGAGUCGAACGAGUGCGAUGUGGUCCGGGGUGAAUGCACCCAAACGUACGUCCCGUACCUGUUCCUGGUGAUUCCGCUGGGACCGGUGACGCUGACCGGCCAGGAUUACGUCCUCGUCGAGAGCGGUUGCGUGUGCAAGCCCAAGUACGCCACGGAGAAGCCGCGUGAGUCGGGCGGAAACUUUAUCCCCUGAACGACGACGACGACGAAUUGACGAGACCCAAAUGCAACCAACCUCCACCAAGUUCCGGUAGAACGAGACAUACAGAAAUGCUAGAGAGUGCGCGAGCGAGAAAGAAUGAGCUGAAGAGUGAUCCUAUAUCUUUAGUAGGAAUAUGUUAAACAAACAAUUUCGAGAAGAAAAAAAUAAGAGGAAGAAAAGUCGCAGAUUAGAUUAGAUCGUGUUGCUCCUCGAUCUUGAGCCGAUAGUUCAAAUAUGAAAAUGUUGGCAAACGAUAAGACUAGCUUUAAGAUUAUUUAACGCACGCAAACACAAACACAAUCUCUGUGUGAUUAAGAAAAACAGAGAAGUAAACUAAAAAUAACAUAGAUUGCACCUUUUUGUACAUACAAUUUUCACGCUUUUCCUCGUCUCUCCACACUAAUUACAAAGCUCUAUGUAAGAAAAUAAAUGAAUAUAUUUGCAUUUGAACUAUCGACCGACGACGGCGCAGGUGUUGUUAGAUAUAUGGGUGGCUUCCACAAUCAUAAUUUAAAAAUAUAACAACGAAAAGCUAAACUUGGACGGAUUUUAAAUGCUUUAUGUGCGUAAAAUUCCGAAUGAAGUUAAUAAUGAUUUAUACAAUUUUGUAUAUGCGAAC